CCCAAAUGCAUGAGUAUAGUGUACGUAUCGUAUCAAUGGUGUAGACUUGGUAGUUUUUUUUAUUUCUUUCUAAAACGUAAAUUAGGUAAUGUCGAUGUGAGUAUUGUGACACAAGGAAACUUGAAUCACGAUUGGCUAAAUAGGAUUCUAAUCCGAUAAACCCGCAAAAAUUCCCACGGCACCUCGUUUAGUUGUUUGGUUUAGUUACUUCGAUUAUAUUUCUCUCGACACAAAGGCGAGAGCCAUUUGGGAAAAAAGUUAAAUCGGAAAACAAUGUCUCUCUAAAGAUAUGGACAGAAUCAGUGAGUUGUCUGAUGAACUGCUUGUUAAGAUAUUGUUGUUGGUCCCGACAAAAGUUGCUGUAUCCACAAGCAUUUUGUCCAAACGGUGGAAGUAUCUCUGGAUGUGGUUGCCCAAACUCGAGUUCAGUUAUAGACAUGUGGUAGAUCCUGAAUGCGAGAGGCUACAGAGUUUUCUUGACAGAAACCUGCCGUUACAUAGAGCUCCGGUUAUAGAGAGCUUCCGCUUUUACAUAUGUUGUUCAUGUUUAAAACCUAAGAACAUCAAAAUGUGGGUUUCGACAGCUGUUUCCCACUGCCUACGUGAGCUGGAUAUCUCACGUCGCUCUGAUUCUCCGGAUAAGCCAGACAUAUUGCCGAGUAUCUUGUUUACUUGUAAAUCCCUCGUGGUAUUGAAACUGGUUGGCCAUAUCCUCUUGGAUGUUCCUCGAAUGGUCUCUCUUCCCUCUCUCAAAACUCUGCAACUUCUAAGGGUGAGAUACUUCAAUGAAGAAACUCUACAACGGCUUCUAUCAAAUUGCCCAGUUCUUGAAGAUCUUGUGUUGGUUUUAUCUAACGGUGAUACUACUGAAAAGUUGACGGUUGUUGUUUCAUCUUUGCUGAGUUUGUCACUCUAUUUAUCCCAUUACCUUAAGAUAGAUGGGUAUGUGAUAGAAACUCCUUCUUUAAAGUAUUUCAAACUUGUGGAUGAUAGUUGCCGUAAUCACUACUGUUUGAUCGAGAACAUGCCUUUCCUGGUCGAGGCAUAUCUAGAUGUUAAUCUUCCUGAUAUCAAUAGUCUUAUUGGAUCAAUUGCAUCUGUCAAGCGUCUUGAAAUAUGUUCAGAGGCUAUUAUGAUGCUUGAUGAGGGUUUUGUCUUCAACCAGCUUGAACAUUUGGAGGUAUGUUUAUGCAAAGACCAUUCCUAUAAUCAACUUGUCCGGCUUCUCAAUUCUUCUUCCAACUUGCAAGGACUUCGCCUUUUCUACAUGGAUAUUCAUUAUACUCCAAAAAGGGGUUAUUGGAAUCAACCAACCACUGUUCCUGAAUGUUUGCUGUCGAGUCUACAAAGUCUCAGCUGGUCGCUAUACACAGGAGAACCACAAGAGAGAGAUAGUCUGGUUUACAUUUUGAAACAUGCUCUUCACUUAAAGACUGCAACAGUCGAGUCAUGUGAAUGUGAAGUUCCAAGAUCUGAGAUGUUAAAGGAGUUGGAACUUUCUUAUAGAGCUUCAGCUGCAUGCCAACUCAUGUUCGAAUGAGUAUUUGAUAUUUAAAAAUUCUUCUUGUUCUACUAUUAUUGUAUGGUUAUGUCUUCAACUCUGAAUUUUUUUUAUCCAAACCAUCUUUCUAUAUGUUAUUAUAUGAUCAUCGGAUUAUGUUGUUUGGGGCUAAGUUAAACUAUCAGAUUUUAUAGUUUUGUGGGAAGAUAAGUUAUGUUGUUUAGAGCAGCUAAGUUAUAGAUCGGAUAAGCCUUGUAAAUGAUUGCGCUGAUGUUGGAGAAAUACGAAACAUGAUCAGUCGUAGUGUGUGUAUCCAUGUGAGUUGUGGUUGGAGAGUUGUCGCCAUCCCAAGACGCAAUAGCUCCACUGAGCCAAAAACACUUUACUUUCUUUUACAAAAAAACUCGAUUAUUGUUAAACAAAAGGGAGUGAUAAUGUUAGGACAAUAAAACAACAAUCUUUUAGCUCGCCCUUAACAGCUGGAUGACAAGUAAAAGAUUGAAAAUAUAUUAUGUAUUUUUUAAAACAAAUACUUAAAUUAAUCGAAAUUUAUUACUAUAAAUCUAUAUAUCCUAUUUCUGUAUAUAUGUUCUCUACAAUUUAACGUAUUGUUUUCAACACUGAAUCAUAUAUGUGGAAACCAAGUCUAAUAGAGUAUUAUUUGUUCAUUAAUUUUUUUCAAAAAGUAGUGCGAAAAACCAAUAUAUCACCAAAUUUUUAUAAUCACAAAGCAACACCAAAAGUUUUAUAUAAAAGGCUCCUUUGGAAGGAAAAACAGGGAAAGCAAAUGAGACUGAGCUUUCAAAACUAAAUAAAUAAUUUUAGGGGAAAGUGAAAUUGUUGUUGAGGUGAAAAUAGAAUGAAGCUUGUUUGACCUUCUUCACAUGUAUUUGUACUUCAUGGUCUUGCUAAGUCCCAUUUCUAUUUCACAGGACAAGCGUAUGAAGGAAGAUCUUCCAAAAGGACCAUCAGAAUCAACAAUUCUUAGCGUGGCUUCUAGUGCAAUCGCUAAUUUGGCAAUGAACGAGAAGAGUCAAGAUCUAAUAAUGAAUAAAGGAGGUGCUCAACUGCUAGCAAGGAAUGGUAGCUGGUGCACUUGCCAAUUUAUGCGGAAAAGGUGGGCACGAGAUUAAGAAUUUUGGUUCUAGUACUUUUCAGUAUCAGACAUUUUCAAGUAUAUCUACUCAUCUGCUGAACAACUGAAUGUCUUCACUGUAAAUCAGCAUAUGCAAAAGCCAAUAUGGCAAUAUAUUUGAAGAAGCUUUGUGUUGGGAUAAUAGGUAUGUAUUGACUCUUACAUGUUGCUGUUUUUUGCACAAAAAGAAAAGUUUCUCAA